AUGUUCUACUUCACGAACGUCAUUAACAAUAGCCUUGCCUUAAUUUUUGCCUUCUGUAAUCAUAAAGGAAUUACUGGUACGUUCACCUUGACGCUGCGAAGCCCUAAUCCCCCAUCUCAUCGCCACACGGCCUUGCAUCCCGGAACCUCUCACCUCAACGCUUCAUCAAAGCAAGGUCGCCGCUACUCGACUGCCGUACGAGCCACCAUUGAGCCGCCGUACAGCAGCACGCCGGGGGGUCGCCCAGCAGCUCGCAGCAGCAGCAGCAGCAGUCCCCCACCUUCCGCAGCCGCCAGCCCCGGAGUACCCCCGCCGCCGCCGCGACCAACACCCACACCCACUUCGGGCGCGGGCAUUUCACCCGGCCCCACAUCGAGUCCCGUAACGCCCUCCCUGGGCGGCGGUCCCGGAUUCCCCGCCGUGGGGAGUGUCGGGGGCCCCGGUGGGGUCCGGGGCGUUGGCGGGGGCGGCGGCGGCGGCGGCGGCGGUAGCCGUGGCGGUAGUGGUGGCGGCGGCGCCCCGGGCGGACCCUCCGGACCUCGCCCCUCCUGGUUACCCGCGGGGUGGACCAUCAGCCAGGUGCUGUACACCCUGCUGGGGGUGGGGGCGCUGUGGCUGGGGUGGAGCUGGUACCAGGAGAACGAGCGCCGCCGCCACCCUGUGAAGCACGCGGUCCACGAGGCGGAGAGUGCCGCCAAGGAUGUGCAGUACGCUGUCAGCGACGCGGCCAAGGACGCCAAGCACGCGGUCAAGAGCACCGCCAAGGACAUCAAGUACGGAGCGGAGGAUACGGCGAAGGACGUGACCCACACGGGCAAGGGCUGGUUCACCAGCGGCAAGCACGCGGCUGAGGACACCGCCAAGGACACCGGCCACCUCGCUAAGAGCUGGUUCAAGGGCACCAAGCGCUCGGCCGAGGACACCGCCAAGGACACCGAGCACACCGUGAAGAGCGGCGCCAAAGAUGUGUCGUACAGUGCGGAGGAGAAGGGCAAGGACGUUUCUCACGCUGUCAAGGGCACCGUGAAGGACGUCAAGCAUAGCGCGGAGGACACGGCCAAGGACACCAAACACGUCCUGGACACGGCAGCCAAGGACACCAAGCAUGCCGUCAAAAGCGGCGUCAAGAGCGCCGUCAAGGAUGUCAAGCACUUCGCUGAGGACGUGGCCAAGGACACGAAGCAUGCGGCCAAGAGCGUGGCCCGUGGUGCCGAAGAGCUUGUGGAGGACGCGGAACACGCAGCUAAGAGGGGUGUACGGCGCACACUGGAGGGGGUGAAGGAUGCGGCGGUCAGCGCGGGGAGUGCCCUUCGCUGGGGUACCAGCAAAGCAGAGUCCAAAACAAUCAAAGCUGCAGACAAGCUGGAGAGCGGGCUCACAAGCGGGGCCGCCACCAAGACCGACACGCGUAACGCCCGCAGGGUGGCCAUGUACACGGCGGCGGGUAUUGGGCUGGCGGCCUCGGUGCUGGGCGGUGCCUGGUACUGGGACAAGAAGGGGCGGCCGUCCGGCAAGGACAUCGCCAAGGGCAUCCAGGAUAAUCUGCGGACGACGGGCAACAAGGUCGCUCCGGAACCCUCCGGGCCGCCCAAGCCCCCGGCCAUCUAA